ACCCGAGGACAUCCUUCAGGAGUGAGAUGAGACCUCAGCCUACAUGAAUGCAUGGCAACAUCUCUCAGUAGGGGAACCAUGACAUUUAUCUUCCCAUCCAGGACACUUGUGGGAACAAAAGGGAGAUCCAUGAACAUUUUCACCAGGACGACAAGCAUAAACCAGAAUGUCCAGGGCAAAGGGGUAUAUAAUGCAACUUCUUGAUAGAAAACCUGCCAGACGACCAGGAAAGUACACAUACUGGGACGAGGGUGACUUGAACCAUUUGGGACAAAGAUGGGGGUAGAAGAGGAGGAAAUGGGCACAGAGAGUAGCCUGUAAUCAACCAAGGGUGCAGAGGUGUUAUAUAUAAUCGCUCUUCAGGGAACCGGGCCUCCAGCCCACGCCCCAGCUGCUCCCCCCCGCCCUCCUCCCCGAAUUGACUGUCCCUUCUCUGGAACUCCUAAGCCUGACCCCGCUCCCUGGCCCUCCCAGCCCACGGUUCCCCUGACCCCGCUCCCUUUCCCAGAACUCAGUCGUCUGAGCCCCCAGUCUGUGGUUCACUCCUGGGCCUCAGCCUUUCCUGCCUUCGACUGAAACGGCGGCAUCUUCUCAGCCCUGGGGGCUUCCCCGGGGCCCAGCCCGGGGCCUAGAACCCGCCCGCCGCCUGCCACGCCGCCACGCUGCCACCGCCGCUUCCUCUAUAAAGGGACCCAGGCGUCCAGGCCCAGGGGCCCCGCAUAGCAGGUGAGACUCUCCCGGCCCGUCUCCUCCUCGGGCUGCCCGGCGCUGGACUCCCCUGGGCACCCCGCCCCUCCGCCCGCGCCGCGGCCCCUCCCGUGCCGCCUGCCUGGGGCCGGGCCCCGGUGGGUUCCGAGCGGUUUGUUCCCCUCUCUCGGAGUCUUCAUCAGCCAGUCUUUGUUCUCUCUGUCUCUGUCACACGUUCUCUGUUUCUGCCACGAUCCCUCUCUGUUCCCUUCCCGUGUCUGUUUCUCUUUCUGUGGCCCCCCUGCUCACAUUGGGGUUUUCCGGCCGGCACCUUGUCCCCUUCUCUCCUCUGUGGCCCUGGCUCUGCCGUGGCUGUCUCCGCCGGCAGGAGGCCCGUCACCGCCCCGGGCCCCGCCCCGCUCACUGUCUCUCUCCCCGCAGGUUCUCCCCAUGACACCACCUGGACGGCUCUACCUCCUGAGGGUGUGCAGCGCCCCCCUCCUCCUCCUUCUGGGGCUGCUGCUGGCCCUGCCGCCUGAGGCCCAGGGGCUUCCUGGUGUGGGCAGCUCACCCUCAGCCCCCCGGACUGCCUACCAGCACCCUCAGAAGCACUUCGCACCAGGCACCCUCAAACCUGCUGCUCAUCUUAUUGGAGACCCCAGCACCCAGAACUCACUGCGCUGGAGAGCAAACACGGAUCGUGCCUUCCUCCGCCAUGGCUUCUCUUUGAGCAACAAUUCCCUCCUGGUCCCCACCAGUGGCCUCUACUUUGUCUACUCCCAGGUGGUCUUCUCUGGGGAAGGCUGCUUCCCCAAGGCCACCCCCACCCCUCUCUACCUGGCCCACGAGGUCCAGCUCUUCUCCUCCCAGUACCCUUUCCACGUGCCUCUCCUCAGCGCUCAGAAGUCCGUGUGCCCAGGGCCACAGGGACCUUGGGUGCGCUCCGUGUACCAGGGAGCUGUGUUCCUGCUCACCCAGGGAGAUCAGCUCUCCACUCACACAGAUGGCGUCUCCCACCUACUCCUCAGCCCCAGUAGUGUCUUCUUUGGAGCCUUUGCUCUGUAGAAAAAUCCAGAAAAAAAAAAUAAUUGAUUUCAAGAUCUCCUCCCCAUUUUGCCUCCAUUCCGACCACUUCAAGGGUCACCGCGCCUCUCUUUUGAUCCUUCCAAUAGCCUCAAGUCUCCCCUGCUCGUGUUACCUGGCGCUUCCAAAGAAGGAAUUCUAGGCACCCCAGGGGACCAUACCUCCUUUCAGCAAACCCCAAUGCUAGGCUGAGGAUUUCAAGUCUGCCUAGAAAUUCCUGCCCAAAGCUCUUCCUCUGUCCUGCCAGUCGAAAGAGGACCUAGCCCUGGACAUGGAGGGGUCAGACGCCGGGGGAAGCUUGGGAGGACGGCAGAGAGGCAGGGGAGGGGGAAUUAUUUAUGCAGGGGAAAACUUAAAUUAUUUAUUUAUGGAGGAUGGAGGGAAGGGAAUAACAGAGGGCCACCGGAAGAGAGAGAAAUAUGCCUAAGAGAUGAAGAGCAAGAGAACAUUUGGCAUAAGGAUAACACAGUGAAAGAGAAGACAAGUGGGGCUGAGACACUGGGGAGCUCUAGAAGGAAGCAAAAAACUCUUCAGGUCCAACCACUGCUUGACUAAACACCCCAUGAGGAGACAUCUGCACCUUCGAUGAAGCCCAAUAAACCU